CUUUUCCUGAUGGACAAGAUGAGCACCAGCACCGCAAUGCCACAGCAGCAUCUCUCCCUAGACAAUGGGGAAGCGACGAGGGUUUAUCUGGAGCUGCCUCUGGAAGAGAAUUUGGAGAAAGAGAUCGAGCACUUUGCGAGGCUGAGCCGCUUGGGAGAAUAUGGUGAAGCGCAAUCCUACUUCGAUUGUACUCUGAGGCAGCACGUGGACUUCUUUCCGGUCAUUGCCGAAUAUGCAGACAUGCUGAUUCAGCAGGGCGCUUUCAAGGCACUGUAUCAGUUUGUUCCCGGCCGGUUGGAGACUUUAGGUGAGAGACUUCAGGACGAGCAACGACGGCUGCUGCGGCUUCUGAAGGAACUGGCACGCAUGUAUGUUCUAGGAUCCUUGUACCCAACCCUGUGCGCGGCGAGGGAGACUUUGAGCUAUCUGAGGCGGUUGCAGACUCAAGACAGCCCAAGCGAUAUCCAGGUUUGCAAUCCGCGAAGCAAAAGUAUCCCCGUCUUGUCAUGCUGACAGAUCCAAG